GGACUUUUCCCUCCUCCCGAGGAUGAGGCGGCCGACGCGGCGGCUGGCGCUGUCUCUGAUGGGGGUGCUCUGGCUCGCCGCCCUCCUCCUCUUCUUCUUCGAGGCGCGGAGGAAGUUGGAGGCGGCGGAGCCCGAGGGACACACGCCGGAGGAGUCGGAUGUGGACUGGGACGACCUUUGGGAUCAGUUUGAAGAGCGGAGGUACCUGAGUGCCCGGAGGUGGAAGGGCGGCGAGGACCCGUACCGGCUGCACGCCUUUAACCAGCGGGAGAGCGAGAGGAUCCCCAGUGACCGUGCUGUCCGUGACACCCGCCAUCACAGGUGUACGACUUUGCACUAUGGCCAGGACCUCCCACCAACAAGUGUCAUCAUCACUUUCCACAACGAGGCCAGGUCAACCCUGCUAAGGACAAUUCGGAGCGUGCUGAACCGCACCCCAGUGCACCUCAUCCAGGAAAUCAUACUAGUGGAUGACUACAGUGAUGAUCCUGAUGACUGCCGCUUGCUGGGCCAGCUCCCCAAGGUGAAGUGCUUGCGGAAUGGACGGCGAGAAGGUCUGAUCCGGUCCCGAAUCCGAGGGGCAGAUGUGGCAAAAGCAGGUGUCCUGACCUUUCUGGACAGUCACUGUGAGGUGAAUAAGGACUGGCUGCUCCCUCUGCUGCAGAGGAUCAAAGAGGAUCCCACCCGAGUGGUCAGCCCCGUGAUUGACAUCAUCAACUUGGACACUUUUGCUUAUGUGGCGGCAUCCUCAGACCUGAGAGGAGGUUUUGACUGGAGUUUGCAUUUCAAAUGGGAACAGCUUUCCCCGGAGCAGAAAGCCAAAAGACUUGAUCCCACCGAACCCAUUAAGACACCCAUCAUUGCUGGAGGGCUGUUUGUGAUCGACAAAGCCUGGUUCAACCACCUGGGGAAAUAUGACAGUGCCAUGGACAUCUGGGGUGGGGAGAACUUUGAAAUCUCUUUCCGUGUGUGGAUGUGUGGAGGGAGCCUGGAAAUCAUCCCCUGCAGCCGUGUUGGGCAUGUCUUCCGGAAGAAACAUCCAUACGUCUUUCCAGAGGGAAAUGCCAAUACAUACAUUAAAAACACCAAGCGCACCGCGGAGGUGUGGAUGGAUGAGUUCAAGCAGUACUACUACGCAGCUCGUCCCGCAGCCCAGGGGAGGCCUUAUGGAAAUGUCCAGAGCAGAGUGGAGCUGCGGAAGAAGUUGAAAUGCCACAGCUUCAAGUGGUACCUGGAAAACGUUUAUCCUGAACUUCGGAUUCCCGAGGAGUCACUCUAUCAAACUGGGAUGAUCAGGCAAAGACAGAGCUGCCUGGAGUCACACAAGUCUGAAGACCAAGAGCUCCCCAUCCUGAGCUUAAAUCCUUGUAACAGCAGCAAGGGCACAGUAGCAAAGGCACAGGAGUGGACAUACACGUACAACCACCAAGUUCGCCAGCAGCAGCUGUGUUUGUCUGUGUACACUCUCUUCCCUGGUUCCCAGGUGCUGCUGUCACCUUGUAAAGAGGGUGACAACAAGCAGCGAUGGGGUAAAGUUGGGUCACACAUUGAACACAUAGCCUCACGCUUCUGUUUGGACACUGAGACGAUUGGGGACAUGAAUGAAAGUAUUAAAGAGCUUGUCAUCAACCCUUGUGAGAGCACAGCCAUGAGUCAGCGCUGGGACAUGGUGAUGUCUUGACCUGCUGGAGGAGGCGCACGGCAGGGACGGGCACUGAGAUGUUGCUACGCGCAGCCAAGAUGCACCAGCCGGAGCUCAAAUGCAAAACCAUUGGGGGUCCUUGUGUGCUGUGGGACAGAAGGAGAAUCAUUCAAAUAAGAAUGGGACACGGCACUCCAAGUUGAACAACGCAUUUUGACUCUGAGACAUGCAGCUGGCAUUGGCCUGUUGGCAGUCAUACAGGCAGAGAGAAAGGAUGGCUAAAAAACAAGCUUGAAAUGUUUUAGAGGGAUACUGGGGCUCCUGCAAUAGGCUGUACAGAACUUCAGUGUGCACAGUAUUGGUUAAUCCACCUGGAAACACAGGCAGAAGAGCCUUGAAGACCAAAGGGAAAUUUGGACUGAGCAAAGCAAGCAUCUCAAUAGCUUUUGAGGGUUGAGGUGGGAUGUGCCAAGGGAUGCUAAGAAACAUCUCCAGGGAUCAAGUGGAAAACACUGAUUUAUCUUUGCACUUUUUAUUGCUGUGGAUGUUUUUGUCUCUGCAGACAGCAUGGGUGGAGCCAUGUUGCACGUUUGAAUUUGUACCUAAUCCACGUACAUGUUGUGUAUACAGAGGCAGAGCAGACAUUUAUGUCUGUGGCCAGGAUCAGAACAGCAAGUAGUGGGGGAAUCCUGCUUUGUGCUAACUGCACAUGGGGCUUGUUGAAUCUCCAAAGCCCAAGCAAACAGAGGAUUCAGUGUGUGAGAUUAAAGGAUAUAAACUGCUGUGAAGCUGGGAGGAAAUGCAGUAACAUGAUUAUUUCUUCUCUCUGGAGGCCAUGGGUCACUGAAAACUCCCCUAUAAUCUCUCUGUGUGUCUCUCACUGCUUCAGAUCUGGACUAAAUCAAAUUUUCACUUUUAUUCCAUAAAAGUAAUAUUUUUGGUAAUUGAAGGUAAUUGUGUCAUAUUUCUGUUUCUCAAUUUCCAAACUACAGAAGAGGGGACUGCCAUGAAGUGCUGCUACUGAAAGAAUGGUGAAGGUAAUUAAAAUUAGAGACUGCUCUGAGAAAGGAAAAGGGAUAUUACCUGGUUUUACUUCCAAGGUAUCUUGUAGUCCAAGACAUGAAGUAUUGAAGAAAAGGUUUGGGAUUCCCCAAUCAUACUGUGAGCAGGGAAGUCUUUGUCACGAUGUACCUCUCUCUCAAAGUCAUUUAACAUAGGCAGACCUGGCAGAAAUGAUUUCUUCUGCUUUUGGAGAUAAGUCGUUAACCGGAGGUCAUGGUAAGUGCUAUCAGUAUGUGGGAGUGAGGUGCGACUGCCAAAGGAGAAUUGCACAGAUGACCUCAGAAAGGGUCUUAGGCAUAGAAGACUGGAAGGUCCUUUCUAGCCUGUCUUUCAGGGCAGCUGCCACUACAGCAACAGGUAACAGGCAAUGGAUCACCAAGAGCUGUGCACACAGCUCUUGUGUAGUAAAAACUCUCAGAGAACUUUCUCAGGACUGUCAACGAGAUUUGAAAAAGAAAAAUAUAGUUUGUGUCUCUAAAAAUGCUAGGGUUUAAUGAAAAUCUUAUCCUUUGUUUCCUGUGCUGCAACCUGUAGGUAAAAUACCAUAAGCUUUAAGCCUUCAAGUGCUCUCAGCAUCCCUUCUUGAAUAAAUUGCUGGCUUUCAGGAUUUUACUGCCUCAGUUUCUCCUCCCUCAGUGCUGGGAGAAAGCCAUAUGUGUAAAUCUCCCUGGCUUUAGAGGCAGAAGCAGUAUGUACAAAAGGUCGCAGUGCAAAAUGCUUUUCAUGUGCUGCAGUGAUUACUAACCUCAUCAAGCUCCCCUGGUGCAAGCCUCAAGGGCCUCUGUUAUGAAAGGGCUGGAGCAAGCUGUCAUUUCAUGGUGGGAGGCGGCAUUGUUUCCAUGCCACCACUUUGCAAAGGAGACAAGGGGAAGCACUUAUAAAAUGGAAUGGACCCGCUUCAAAAAGAAGGGCAGUGACCUUGGGCUUCUUCUCUUUAAUUGAACAGGGAAAUAUCACACCUACUUCUCACAAUAGUGGUGACAGGCAAGUGGUAGUAAUUCCCAGUCUAGUGCUUACAAGGGAAAGAAGCUCCCAGGAGCUUGAAGCUUAACACGUUCACACCUGUACUGUGCCUACAGCCUGGGACUGCCCAGCUGCUGGCACUUUGAUUCUGAAAAUCUUGGCAUUAGUUUUGAAGUUCAGCACCUGCCAGGUAUACUGAGCAGGACCUCAGACCUAUCUAGCUUUACUGUUUUCCAGCAAAGCUGAAAAUACCCGUUCUGCUGACAGCCAAAGCUCUCUAUAAACAGGUAAUGCUCUUUGCCUUAGCAGAAACAGCUACCUCACUACAUGGGUGUGUGCUUGAGCACAGGGACCCGUGGGACCUGCAGGGAUGUAUUCUAGGAAGGAAUUGUUUGACCAGCUUUUCAUCUCUCUUGCUUUUUGCAAAACACAAAUGCUGUACCAAAUCCCUCCUAUUCCAAAACAUGCACUAAGGUGAUCACUUUGAACAUGUUUGGGGUCAGUGGAAGGCAGGCAGUGGGGAGGGUGACAUCAGGAAUGGUGUCCCCUACUAGAGAGUAGCAAGUAAGUUCGGGUAAGUCUCUUGCAGGCCAAAAAGCCACCUAACAGACCUGGAUAAAGCAGCCCCUUGGCAAGCUGGUGAUUGUGUCUCACACAUAUAUCAGCUGUAACCCGUAGGCUACGACUUAUUUCAUGGUCCAAGAAAUGAGAUUAUCCCUAUGGAUCAGCAAUGUUUUCGGAGAAGCCUGAGAGUAUCAGCCUAACUCCUGGGAAGGUUUAUAUAAGCUGGCAAUGCUCUGGCAGCCUCCAGUGUCAGCCCCACUGUGGCAUUUAGCAAAUCUGCUUAAUAUCCCUGCAAAGAGACCUCGCAUCAUGUCAGGGGAAAGGUUAACUGCUGCUGAAAUCCAGCUCGUACCUUUAGGUUUAUUUCACUUAUUAAAACAGACUGAAGACAGAUUUUUGCUUUGUAUUUGUUCCUUGUGUAGGCCUUUAUUAUCAUGCUGUGAACAGAUAAAUGUGACUGAUAGGUAUCUAGAUGGGCUCCCAUGCCAAUACUUCUUAAGCCCUAAUGUCAUGUGGUAGUAAUGCUUUUUGGUGACAUUUUGCACUGCCUUGAAAGAAAAUAAGAUAAGGUAGAAAAUAUGAUUCUAAUCCUGGCUGUUGAGCUUUGUGACAGCCUUUAUGAUCUCCAAGUAAGUCACUUCUUGUGCUUUGGGAAAAGUAGAUUCAGAACAGGAAACUUGGGGCUAGAACUACUACUGGCUUUAAAGAGCCAAUUAAGGCUGAAAAAAACCCAAAACCAAACAAAAAACCCCAAACAAACAACCAAACAACCAACCAAAAAAAAACCCCACCAGAAAAAAACCCAAACAAAAACUCAAAAAAGCACCUCCCCUUCCCUUGUGAAGGAGACUCAUGUUCCACUGACAACAAAUCUAUCUGGCUUUAGUUGGGCUGGAGAAGUCUUGCAGUCCUUAUGUUGCUGCUAUGUGAUUUCCGGGUAUUUUAAUGCUCAUCUUCUCUCUAUGUAUCAGUGAGUACCAUAAGAUAACAACAAAAAUCAUCAGUGCUUGGAACCUCAGGUUACAACACGGUGAGGUAGUAAUUUAAUAGUAAAGAGAUGGAAACUGAAUUCAGAGGUUUUGAUUAUCCAACAAUGCAACAGGAAAAUAGGGCUGAUGGGUGAAGACUGGUGGUUCAAGACAAGCAGCAGCCCUGAGUGCUAAUCCCUUCUUCUGCUUCUAGGAUUGGCUUGGGAUAGCUUACUUCAUUUCCCUGCCACAGUUUCCCAAACUUUUAGUGAAGACUGAAUGUUUUGAACAGAGAGAAAACCAAGGAUUAGUUUUUGUUGCAUGCAAUUCCAGCAGUACUGGACUGGCAGUCUCUAGAUCUAGUAGCUCCAUGAACCCUUUCUAUCUGCCUGAAGAGGCUCUGAUUCAGAUGGAGUUAAUUUUCUUCCUAACAGCCUGUAAUGUCCUGUGUUUUAGACUGGUGACCAAAACAGUGUUGAUAACACACCACAGUAUUUUAGUUUGAUAACACACCACAAUGUUUUAGUUAUUGCUGUGCCUGCACAGUGUCAAGGCCUUCAUCUCUCACUCUGCUAGGUAGCAAGUAGGCUAGGGCUGGGGAAGAGGGUUGGGAGGCAACACAGCUGAGACAGCUGACCCAAACUGACCAAAGACACAUAUCAUACCAAAUAAUGUGACACUCAGCAAUAAAACUGGGGGGGAGUUUUGCUUUGGGAGGUGUUACUUAGAGACCUGAUUGGGCAUCAGUCUGCAAGUGGUGAGUGACCGCCUUUGCGUCACUUGGUUGUUUUUGUUUUCUUUCAUUUUCCUUCACUCAUUAGACUGUCUUUAUCUUUACCCACAAGUUUUUUAUUUCACUUUUGCCCUUUUAAUUCUUUCUCCCAUCCCAUUUGGCAGGGAGUGAGGGAGUGUCUGGGUAGGGGCUUGCCAGACAAGGUCAGCCCGCCACACUGCCCUAAACCAACCAGGGUCUGUAGUGUAUCAGGAUUCAAGGCUCAUAGUCUGAUCACAACUGUGCAAUAGAAUCUGCGUUGCUCAAAUUUCAGAUCUUAAAAUCUCUAGUGAAGAGCUAUGAGCUAGGAUUGUUGGUAGAAGUGGUAAAGGAAGGAAGGUCAAGCAGAUUGCACACAAGCAGCAGAAGAAACUGUAGCUCAUUAAUGUGCUGGCUAAAUUAAUUUUGAAUAAUCAGUCCAGCUCCAGUUUUAAUAUGCAGCUGCUUUAGAUGGCCAAAGAGUAAUCUAAACCUGGUAUGAGUGUCCAGCUUUUGUUGAGACUUAAGUGGAAUUUUCCCAGAUUUAUGGAUGUUUUCUAAAUGUCCACUGUUCUGUUAUUCGCUGGAAGUGCCUUCAGAACCCUGUAAGAAUAAAAACCUGUUGCAAGCUACCACCUCUCCAACUGAGUCUAAUUAAGUUUCAAGUUGAGCUGCAUUGUAGCUUAGAGCUGAUGAAAAGCAACAUGUAAAUUUGCAGGUAAGAAUGCUGCUUUUGUGGUGUAGGGGGCCGUUUUGUUUCCUGUGGUAUUAUUUGGGCUCUGAAGUAAUCCAAGCUGGUUGAGUGUGAUGUACAAAAGAAAACAUGACUGAGUUUCAAGGCUGGGUUUUGCAUAAGCACUCAUCUAGUAAUUAUCUAUCAGCUGUCCAUCACAAUGAGUAAUGUCUCUCAUUUUCCUGUGAUUUAUAUGAAAGAAGUGUCCUGACAAGAUAUUGCUACUGUACAGAGUUAAAUUCAGUUGAAAACCAACCAACCAACCAACCAAGGAGGAAAAAAAGGAGAAAGAAUGUUGAUAGUUUGUAUGUAACUUGAUACAUGCAAUAAAAGAAAGA